GGCAGCAGCAUGUCUGGUAGAGGCAAGGGCGGGAAGGGGCUCGGCAAGGGGGGCGCCAAGCGCCACCGUAAGGUGCUGCGCGACAACAUCCAGGGCAUCACCAAGCCGGCCAUCCGGCGCCUGGCGCGGCGCGGCGGCGUGAAGCGCAUCUCGGGGCUCAUCUACGAGGAGACGCGCGGCGUGCUCAAGGUGUUCCUGGAGAACGUGAUCCGCGACGCCGUCACGUACACGGAGCACGCCAAGCGCAAGACGGUCACGGCCAUGGACGUGGUGUACGCCCUGAAGCGCCAGGGUCGCACCCUCUACGGCUUCGGCGGCUGAAGCUUUUCUUUUGCCUCUGCACGAUCUCGAUAACCCAAAGGCUCUUCUAAGAGCCA